AUGUCCGGUUCCCGCCCGCUACGUACACCUAGUCUUCCACCUGCAGUACGCUACCGUCCACGUCCAGCGCAUGGCCUUAUUACACCACGCGCGCCAGCACCUCGACGCACCUCUAUUUCGGGGCUCGCCACUACCGGUCAGAAAGCUCAACGUUCUUCCAAGACAACACAAAAGCUUGUCCUUCUACCCUCUGCACCACAAACAAAACCUCUACCAACAGCUGUUUCCGAUGAUAUCCUCGGCUACGAGACAGAUACCGGCGUAAUUCGUGAAUACAAGUCAGCUGGCGAGCGUAUGAGCAAGGAACAGAGAAAGCGAGCAGGGUACAAGAGAAUCACAGCAUAUUGUAUUGCUGAAGAACUGAGGAUGAAGUUACUCGCGAGCUUUUUGAAGAGGGAGCAUAAUGUCACACCAAGAGUAUUUGACGAGGCGAUGUACGUUAUGUAUCACCUGCCGCUCCUUCCUGGAUAUGGGCCUAACACCAACGUCCGUUCCUCCGCAGCUCCUAUCACGGAAGCCAAGUCUCUCCAGAGACGCCUUGCUGAAGCUGAGGAAAAUGGUUAUCAAGGUUCAUACUUUAUCCCUCAGGAAGACGUACCACGGACUUCGGACGGAUACAUGACGUCUGGAUCCCAUACGGAAUCUCACCGACCCCCACCUCGUCCUGAUGUGGAAUCUGAGGCCGAAGGGGAAAUGGACUAUGCUGAAGAGGGUGAGGGCGAAUGGCAUGGUGCAAACGAGGGAAGUCAGGAAUUCAAAGCAGAGGACGAGAGACAUGAGCAAGUUGAGGUAAAAGAAGAAGACCGUAUCGCAGAAGUGGUCUUCUUUGCUUAUGGCGUUGCUGUUUUCUUUGGACUUGACGAAGGGCAAGAACGGGCUAUUGUCGAGGACAUCAGUAACGCAGGCAUUUUGAAACGACCAAUGAAAGAAGAUGAUUGGGAGAUCGAGGAAUGUCAUUUUGCGCAUGACCCAACGAUUUCAUACCCUCGCAUAUACCAUGAUUUCUUUACUUUCAAAUCACCUUCCCAUCUGCUCAAACUGUCCGUUGCGCAUGCCCUUGCCCAGUCUACGCUCCUCGCACACUACGAGUCUGUCGCCUCUUCCGUGCUUUCAUCCCCUAGUACCGUAUCGAUACCACGGCAGCUCGCAUUUUCUGGUGCCAUCAAUCUCAAGCGACGUGAUGCGAUGAGGCUCACAGGCAAGCUGUUCAAGCUCAGACGUGAUGUAAAUCUCGUGAGCAAUGUCUUGGACGUUCCAGAGUUGUUCUGGAGCGAGGCAAGUUUGGGAGGGCUGUAUGAAGCUGUACGAGAAUACAUGGAAAUCGAUGAACGCGUACAAGUACUGAACGAGAAACUCGGAAUGGCGAGCGAAUUUCUCGAUGCUAUACAUGAUCACUUAAACAACAAUGCAAUGGAACGGAUAACGUGGAUAGUUAUUUGGCUGAUUGUGGUCGCGCUCAUAGUGGAGUUGGGCGAGGUGGUCGCGCGGCUAGUCUUCCAUGCAACAAUGGGCGAAGAUAAGGCGGACCGCAUAGUAUUGCGGGGAGGAGGCGCCCUCAGAGCCCUUUUCAAGAUUGCGUCACAACGAUAG